CUCAACUACGGCGCAGCCUUUGGAUCGCCUGGGAUUUUCCGGUUCUCUCUUCUAUCCACGCCCCUGGCUGCUUUACAAUUACCACCUACAACAUUCCACUGCUGUCACAGGCACAGCAAGCAGACACAACUUUGACUGACUCCGACCCACUACGCCACCAUCCAUGUCGUCGGCAGAAGACGACUACAACGACCAUGAUGGCGGUCAUGGAGGCUCCAAGAAACGUAGAGUUCAACGAGCAUGCGACAUAUGUCGCAGAAAGAAAAUUCGAUGUGACGGCGGUCAAAUGCCUGGCAACAGAUGUUCAAAUUGCAUCGCAUACAACUUUGAAUGUUCCUAUGUCGAGGCUGCAAAGAAGCGGGGCCCGCCGAAAGGAUACGUCGAGAACUUGGAGAACCGGCUCGAGAAGAUGGAGAAGCUCCUUUCCAAAGUCUGCCCCGAUGCCGACUUCUCUCAAGAGCUUGGCGGCCGCCCCAUCAAGAAAGACGCCUGGCUAAAGAACAACGAUCCUCAGUCCUCUUCCAUGUCAGCAGCCACCGCAGGCCACACCUCGCCCACUUCCGCAACCUCCCGCCACGGCAGAGCAGCAGCAAAUGGCGGGCAGACGACACCGCUCGAGGACCUGGUCUCGAGUGACGACGAGGUGGACAUGCUCGAGCUCAAGCUGACCGAGAGCAUCCGCAAGAUGGCGAUCGACCCGAUGCGCCACCGCUUCUUCGGCAAGUCCUCCGGCGUCACGCUCAUCCAGAAGGCGAUCGACCUCAAGAACGAGUACACGGGCGACCAGAUCAACAGCAUGGACUUCUUCUCGAGACGGAGACCCGAGUUCGACGUGUGUCAUCCGUGGGAAAUCGCAGGCAAAAAGAUCGACGAGCCGACGUACAUCUUCCCGGAGGCCGACCUCGCGCGCGAGCUGAUCGACCUCUAUUUCAAGUACUCGAACCCGAUGGCGCCGCUCCUGCACCACCCGACGUUCGAGCGCAAGUACGCGGACGCGCUGCACCUGCGCGACUCGGCCUUUGGCUCGGUCGUGCUCCUCGUGUGCGCCGUCGCAGCGAGGUGGUGCGAGGACCAGCGCGUGCUGCUGCCCGACACCGAGAGCGAACAUUCGGCGGGGUGGAAGUACUUUGAGCAGGUGCAGAUGGUGCGCAAGACGCUGCUGGGUCCGCCGUGUCUGGAGGAUUUGCAGGUGUAUUGCCUGUCUGUUCUGUUCUUGCAAGGGACGUCGGCGCCCCAGGCGUGUUGGACGAUUGUGGGCAUAGGUAUUCGGCUCGCUCAGGACGUCGGCGCGCACAGGCGGAAGGUGUACAACAAUGACUUGACAGUUGAAGACGAGCUGUGGAAACGCGCAUUCUGGAUCCUGGUCAGUCUCGAUCGCUCGCUCAGCUCUGCCCUCGGACGACCGUGCGCUAUUCAAGACGAAGACUUCGACCUCGACCUGCCUGUGGUAUGCGAUGACGAGUACUGGGAACACCCGGAUCCGGAACAAGCAUUCAAGCAGCCGCCCGACAAGCCGUCUUACGUCGCGUUCUUCAUCAGCUACCUCAAGCUCAAUCAGAUCCUCGCGUUUGCGCUGCGAACCAUUUACUCCAUCAACAAGUCGAAGGUGCUGCUGGGAUUUGUGGGGCAGCAGUGGGAACAGCACAUUGUGGCUGAAUUGGAUUCGGCGCUGAACAAGUGGAUCGACUCGGUGCCGGAGCACCUGCGGUGGGACCCAAACAACCCCAAGUUCACCUUCCUCAUGCAGUCGUGCACGCUGUACGCGAGCUACUACCACACGCAGAUCAUCAUCCACCGCCCGUUCAUCCCGUCGCCGCGCAAGCCGUCGCCGCUGUCCUUUCCCUCGCUCGCGAUAUGCACGAAUGCGGCGCGGUCGUGCAGCCAUGUUAUUGAUGGGUACAGGAAGAGGACGGGCACUGUGCCGAGCUCUGUGCCGGUCGGUCUUCAGGUGAGCUUGAGUACGGGUGCGGGUGCGGGCGGGAUAAGUGCGGCGAGCCGGCUCAAGGCCGAGUCGGACAUUUCUCCUUUCCCUCUUUCGAUCGCGGCGUUCACGGCUGGAAUUGUGUUGCUGCUCAAUAUCUGGGGCGGCAAGCGGUCGGGUCUGGCGAUCGACCCGGUGAAGGAGAUGGGGGAUGUGCAUAAGUGUAUGGCUGCGCUCAAGCAGUGCGAGAAUCGGUAUCACUCGGCGGGGCGAUUAUGGGACAUUCUCUACGAACUCGCAUCUGUUGGCGACCUCCCGCUGCCGCAAGCGAGCCCAUCAGGGAUGGCCAAACGCGAGCGCGACGAAGACAGCCCCGCCAGUGCAAUCGCGCCUGUAUCCAACCACACCACGCCCAGCUCGGCGUCCAGCCAUCCCACACCUGAAGCUCAGGCCCAUGGACAACGCCAUAUUGCGGGAUCGAGACGCGUCACGCGAGACGGCGGAAGGCCAUCGCGCGGAGGGAUGCCACAGCAUUCACCGGUGUUGGCCACGAUGCCAGCAAGGCAGCCGCAUGUCACGUCGCCCUCGCUGGCGAGCUCGCCGCUUCCCGUGUACUCGAACGAUCUGGGCAGGCUGCCGCUGCACAGUCAUGGCCAGAUGAGCUUCGGUGCGGCUGCGCCGCCGUCGCCGCUGCCGCCUCACGGGCAUGUGCAGUCUCCGCCCAGGGGGUCGUCUGGAUUCGACGCGCCGAGUAUGUGGUUCGGGGCUGGUCCUGGCGCCGGGGGUCAACACAGCCCGCCUUCGAUGAUGACGCAGGGUGGACCUGCGGGUGCUGGGUCCGGGCCUGGGCCGGGAGCCAGCGCGGGGGCAGCUCCGCAUGUGCCGUACGGCGUGGACGAGCUGCUGUAUCACCAGAUGUUCGGAGGACACUACUCGGAGCAGCAGGCGGGGCAGCCGCCCGGUCAGGGGCCGUCUGCGUCUGCGGCGGGUCCUGGUGGGUUCGGCGACGCGAGCAUGGAGGGCCUGCUCAUGGGUCCGCAGGCCGGCGCGUCGGGCCCGGGAGGACCGACGAGCCCCGCGAAUCAAGCUCAGGGCCAAGGUGCUAUGAACGGCAUGAACGGUAUGGGCGGUGCGCCGAUGUCCGGGAUGGGCGGGAUGAAUGGCGGGAUGAAUGGCGGGAUGAACGGGAUGAACGGGAUGUUGGAUGCGGACACGAUUGCGAUGUGGUCGAAUGCGCCUAGUGGGUUUGAGAUGGACGACUGGGGAUCGUAUAUUAGCAGUGUGUCGGGGAUGAACUACGACGGCGGCGCGCACCAUCAGCAUCCACAUCAGCACCAGCACGGUCAUGGCCACGGUCGGUGAACGCGGAGCUGAUAGUGUGGUUAGACUCGGGGUGGGUGGUCUGAGGGUGACUUAUCGGUGCGGCGUACAUUUACAAUACAUUUUUUACACAUCUCCACUCUGCUCCUAGUUGCUUUGCUGUCUGCUUCUCGUUGUAUCUCUAGGUGUCUGUUUCGAGAUCCUGCCUCCCUUGUAUACGUACGUAUAUCUGCAUCGCAUCGUAAUCUGUAUGGCUUUCUCUAGAUCGCACGUCCUCGUCCCAUAGAACUCAUACAUUUCUGUUU